AUGGAGAAUGAGAGAAAUACUGUUUCUCUUCCUUUGGACAUUAUCAUUGAGAUUCUCUCAAGACUUCCCGUGAAGUUUAUUCUCCGAUCCAGGUGCGUCUGCAAGCUUUGGCGCUCUACGAUCUUGUCUCCAUCCUUCAUCCAAUUGCAUCAUACUCGAUCCCUCACUCGCCCUGAUGGCAAUGGCCUCCUCCUUGGCUCUCGUGUAGAAUCUGAUGGAUCUCUGCAUCUUUGCUUCGUGGGCUCUGCACAAAACGUUAAUCAACUGUACGACAGUACUCCACGCCCUUUCUUUUCUGCUUCGGAAUCUAUCAAUGGGUUAAUCUGCUUGGGCUUACCCGAUGAUGAUGUGUGCGUCUGCAAUCCAAGCACCAAAGAGUUCGUAGCCCUUCCUCGCACACUUAUGAGGCAGCUUUCGCCAUUGCACUGGUACCAUUCCUACGCCUUUCUCGGCUUCGAUCCUCCCACCAACACCUACAAGAUCCUGAGAACAUGGUGGACUAGAGCCGUAAGCCUCGCGCAUGAGAUCUUUACUCUGGGCUCCCAGACAUGGAGGGUUCUCAAUGAUGAUAACCCCCGUCACAGCAUUCCCUUGGGAGACGUCGUCUACGUCAACGGAACCCUAUAUUGGAAGGGAUACGAAUCCAGGGAUAUCGUGGCGUUUGAUGUGGGGGUCGAGAAGUUCCGGAUUCUUGAACUACCAGAAGAUGCGCCCCGCAAGUUCAUGACAGACACCAAUCUAACACAAAUUGGUGGGCGUCUGGCCCUCGUGGGUCACGCAAGUCUUCUAUUCCGUAUUGAGUUAGAGAUAUGGAUUUCAGAGGAGGGCAGGGGCUGGAUUAAGAAGACGAUUGAAUGUCCUCGUUAUUGGAACCGGCCGAUUGCAUAUAAUAGAAUAAUGAGGCAGACAUGGGUGGAUCAUAUUAUUGAUGUUAGAACAACGCCUACGGGUGAGCUUGCACUCAUUCAUCGCAUGGAGGACUAUUUAUUUGUGUUGUAUUGGGACCUAGAAAACAAGACUAUGAGGAAAGAAACGAUUCAAUGGCCACCUCCUGUUACUGGAUUUUGUCACUUGGCUUAUGUUGCCGGCCAUGUUGAAAGUCUUCAAUCUGUAAGGCAACUUAUGGCCUAG